UGUGAACUAGCUUCUUAGCAUACACACUAUAAUUGAGGAAUCGUAAGGUUGUCCUGACACAUAAAUACUUGAGGAUCUCUAGCAUGAGGCUUAUUUCCUCAACAUAAUACUCAGGGGCGUCGUGUAUAUUGCCGUGUGCGGCCUUAAUUGCGCUAUUUUUAAACGAAUUUUCAUCGUGGGCUUAUGGUACAUGACCAGCGAGCCCCGCCCUAUCUUCAAAAAUAAGGUUAUACUGCAGGGCCACUCAGUCUCAUUUUAUUCUGUUUGUGCGGAGAGCUUCCUUUGAUUAUUUUUCAAGAUGUCCUAUGCUACCGAGCAUGGCGAAUAUCGACUCGGAGCGGACGUAGGAGGCACAUUCACCGAUAUAUGCGCAUUUACGCCCGACGGACAGAUCGCAAGAGCCAAAGUACCAACUACUGUUGAGGACCAAAGCAUCGGUAUCAAGAAUGGCAUCCAGAAAGUUCGACAACACCUGAAAGAGCGCUACUCCUGGGACGGAAAGUUUCAGUUCAUCCACCAUGGUACAACAACCGCCACAAACGCUGUUCUAGAAGGCAAAGGCGCACGGACCGGUCUUAUCGUCACUGCAGGUCAUAAAGACAUCUUGGCUGUUCGUCGGUCCCAAAUUCCCGGCGGUCUCGGUGCCUGGCUACAUUACACUCCUCCGGAGCCGAUCGUGCCUCUGGAACGUGUGCUUCAAUGUCAAGAGCGCAUGUCCGUGAAUGGCGAAUCGGUGAUUGCUGUGAAUAAGGAUGCGCUGCGUGCUGAGUUGAAGGCAUGGAGGAAAGACCGACCGGAGGCUGUGGCAGUCUCACUACUCAACUCUCAUUGUAACAAUGAACAUGAAUUACUGGUAGCGGAUAUUGUGCGUGAAGAGCUCGGAUCUGAUAUCCCAAUCAUCUGCUCUGGCAAUGUUCUUCGUGAGGUCGGGGAGUACGAGCGAACAGUGACGACUUGUACUAAUGCGCUCGUCAAGCCGGUUGUUCAAAGCUACCUAGGCAACCUGCGGGAUCUGCUGGCAGAGGAUGGGAAUACGAUUCGUAUCCUUAAGUCUGACGGUGGUCUAACCAGUUUGGAUCUGGCCGGCGAGCUGCCCGUCAACAUCUUGAUGUCUGGUCCAGCAGGAGGCGUUCAAGGUGUUGCGGACGUCGUGACACGAAACACGCCGUACAAAAAUCUGAUCACGUUCGAUAUGGGUGGAACAUCCACGGACUGCGCUUUGAUCUAUCAAGGAAAGCCUCGCCUGCGUCGCGAGACAGUGGUGGGUGACUUAACUGUUCGCUCGCCCGCCGUGGACAUUCGGACAGUCGGAGCUGGAGGAGGUUCGAUUGCCAAGUAUAUGGACAUUACUGAAACAAUGAGAGUGGGACCGGAGAGUGCAGGUGCGAGUCCCGGACCGGCCUGUUAUCGCAAAGGGGGAGUCGAAGCUACCGUUACAGACGCGAAUUUAGUCUUGGGAUACCUGCCGGAAAAGCUACUGGGAGGAGAAUUCACACUGGAUGUUGAGGCUGCAGUCGCCGCUGUUGAUACCAUUGCUUCUCAAAUGAAGCUCACCGUCACACAGACCGCCGAAGACAUCAUAAACCUCGUAAACGAAACCAUGUACGGAGCAUUGCGUUUAGUGUCUGUUGAACAGGGCUAUGACCCCAAGGAUUUUGCCCUCGUUGCAUUUGGUGGUGCAGGGCCACUGCAUGCCAAUGCGGUUGGAAAGCUUCUUGGUGCUUGGCCAGUCAUCGUCCCUCCAUCGCCGGGAACACUAUGUGCGCUGGGCGAUGCUACCACCCGGUUAAGCCAUUCCCAGUCAUCAUCCUACAUUCGUUUGCUCUCUAUGACAUUACCCUGGGAGGUGAAAGCCCGAUUCGAUGAACUUGAAACAGCAUGCAGGGCAACUAUGCAAAGUUCCAACGGGGGUCAUCCUAUGGAGCUCAACAUCAGCUAUCACAUCGACCUCAGGUACAAGGGUCAAGCAUUGAACUUGACGAUCGACUUGCAGAGCGAUGACCUAUCCCUUGGCCAUGAGCCGUGGAAGGCGUUGCUACAGGCAAAGUUCGACCAGUUGCAUGAGCAGCAAUUUAAAUACUGUCUCCCCAACUUUGAACUGGAGCUUAUGCGGCUUGAGGUUGUCGCUGUUGACGCCUCUCCAAGCAUUGAGCUACCUCAGCUGAACAACGCUACGGCUAAUAUGCCACCAGCUGAGGCAAUGCUAACCAAGAAAGAAAUCGUCAUUGAAGGCAAGACUCUGGAGGCUACACUCUGGGAUCGUGAGAAGCUUAGCUACCAGGGCGUACGAGUUCAGGGCCCUUGCAUUAUCACUGAAAUGGACAGCAAUACUCUGAUCCUUCCCGGUUGCUAUGGAGAGAUAGACGCUAUUGGCAACAUUCUGAUCCGCCCAGAUGGAGAACUACAGAGAGAGCGACCGAAGGAUCAAACGGCAGAAGAGGCUGAGGACACAGUUAGGUCUACCCCGUUGAUCCCGACCUUGGUAGCAUCUGCUUUGGCCUCCAUCAGAAGUGAGAUGGACACAUUGAUGCUCCGUUGUAGCAUGUCACCUGCAAUCCGCGAACAGCAGGAUGAGUUUAAUGUGAUAACCACGGCAGAUGGCAAAAUGCUCGUCGGCCAGUUCGGUAGCUUUAUCACCCAAUUCCUCCGGGCCUGGAGAGGACCCAUCCAUGAAGGCGAUGUUUUCAUCACUAAUGAUACCUACAUGAUUGAAGGAGCAGUGACACACUUGAACGAUGUUAUUGUUCUUUUGCCCAUCUUCUUCGAGGGUAGCCUGAUUGGAUGGGCGUCGCAGUUCGGGCAUUUAACUGAUGUAGGGGGUAUGGUCCCAGGAAGCAUGUCUAUCAACGCUACAUCUAUUUUCGAUGACGGAGUCCAGAUACCCCUCAUCAAGCUCUACUCCAAGGGGAUCAUGAACACAGAUUUGGUUGACCUCCUCUGUCGCAAUUCGCGUCAGCCAGACUGGUACCGGUCAGAUCUGAUGGCGAUCAUUGCCGCCUGUCGAACUGCCAACAGCCGAGUUUGCGAGCUAGCGACGCGGUUUGGAUCUCAAAUCUACCUCGCCGCCUGUUCAGAGCUACUUCUUCGUAAUCGUACAGGAAUGGCUAAGAUUAUUGAGACGGACUUUGAUGAUAAGCCAUGUACGUUUACUGAUUUCGUGGACGAUGACGGCCAUGGCGUUGGCCCCUGGGCUCUUACAUGCACGAUGAAGAAAACCGAAGGAAAUCGGCUGUUGUUCGACUGGAGCGGAACCUCACCCCAGAGUGAGCAUAGUAUCAACUUCUACCUGUCAGAGACGAUGUUUAAGAUGUUUAUCGGUUACUACAUGAUUGCGGCAGUAGCACCUGGCACCGUGAUCAACGACGGCUUCCAUGAUCUUAUCGAUAUUCAUAUCCCCGAAGGCACCGUGCUGAAGCCCAUUAGACCAGCAGCUAUAUCUUGCCGCACACAUCUUCUGGGCAGGACAAUGGACGUAAUGCAGGCACUCAUCGGCAAGAAGAAUAAACUAUACGCAGCGGCAGCUGGCUUCAGUGACUCACCACACUUCUUCUACUCUGGAUACAAGCCCGAUGGAGAGUGGUAUCAGUUAUACCAGAUCGGAUUUGGUGGCGUGCCAGCUCGGAAUGCAGGCGAUGGACUCGACUGCCACUGUCUCUUCCCGGCCAUCAAGUCGAUCCCUACAGAAAGUAUUGAACUGAACUAUCCAUUACGCAUCGAAGCCAACGAGAGUGUCCCAGACAGUGGUGGCCCGGGAUACUACCGUGGUGGUAACGCACAACGCACACUCUAUCGGUUCCUGUGUCGCGGAGAGUUCAGUCUGCACGAUGACCGCUGGUUUACAAAGCCAUGGGGAAUUCGAGGUGGUAAACCAGGCUCCCGUUCGCGGAAGAUCCUAUACCGAUUCUCGAAGUCUCGAGAAAGUCCCCCGGUUGAGGUACUCCCCUCAAAGUGCGACCACAUUCGCGUGGACCCCGAUGAUCUACUUGAAUGGGUGACAUGGGGUGGUGGCGGACUGGGAGAUCCACUGACCCGGCCUGCAGAGAAGGUCGCCUUGGAGGUUCGCCGGAGACUGGUGACAAUCGACGGCGCCCGGAAUAACUACGGAGUAGUUGUCAACCCUGAUGAUUGUAGUGUAUGUGAAGAGGAAACUGUGGCUUUGAGAGAGAGUAUGAAAGAAGCUCGGAAUGCGUUAGGACAGACGCCGGAAUACGAUCGAGGCGGCUCAAUGGAGGAACUGAGAGAAUCGUGUCUGAGAGAGACAGGACUUCCUGCUCCAAGCCCACAGUGGGAGCUGGAUCCAUAUGGACCCCACGUGCGACUCCCUUAUGUUAGGGACUGGUUUACGCGGAUGACGGAGGUGAAAGGAUGGGAGUUGAAUUGAUUGAACUAUCGGUCUUUCCGCUGAUCUUUGAGGUAACAAACUUUCGUCUCUUCUAUAUCGGAUUGCGAAGCUCGACUAUUAGCAUCUAGAUAUAUAAAUAACAGUGUGCUACAGGAAUGAAUCAUGAGAGGCUCGGCUCGGAUUGUAGCAUUGCUCCAGUUAUCCUGUAAAGAACAACUAGGCAUCGUAAUAAUUACCCUUGAACCUUUCAAGGUACAGA